CCGGUGGAUAACGGAAGUGGCCUGUCGAAGAGGUGGGCUGAGUCGCCUGGCGCUGAGAGGACGCCGCCGUCCGCUCUCCUAGAGGCCCGUCCCUCUCUCCCUCCCUCCCUCCCCGCCAUGCCUCCUCGGCCGCCGCGCUGAGGGGAGCGAGCCAUGGGCGCCAGCGGCUCCAAGUCGCGGGGCCUGUGGCCCUUCGGCUCGGGCGGCCCAGGGGGCUCGGAGGGGCCCGGCGGGGAGCAGGCCCUGUCCCGCGCGCGGGGCCUCUGCUCGGCCACCCCCUUCGUCUUCACCCGCCGCGGCUCUAUGUAUUAUGAUGAGGAUGGUGACCUUGCCCAUGAAUUUUAUGAGGAAACAAUAGUAACCAAGAAUGGGAGGAAGCGUGCUAAGCUGAAAAGAAUCCAUAAGAACCUGAUACCUCAGGGCACAGUGAAACUGGAGCAUCCUCGGAUUCACGUGGACUUCCCUGUUAUCAUCUGUGAGGUCUGAACCACAGAGGCAGUGUGGACAGCCACUGUGUGCUGUUAAUGCACCUUACUUGCCCAGUUGUACUGUACCUCAUGCACACCAUCCUGUGCAGUUACAUGUCCCUGCAGAACAAUGGAUCAGGAGCACAGUUAAAACGUUUAGCUUUGAAGCAUCUCUACUUGAAGGAAGUAACAGCAGCUGCAAUCUUCAAACUGGAUAGCAUUCAGGAAUAGCAUUGCCUUUAGGGUAUGUGUAGAUAGGAUUUGUGUCACAUGACUUGUCUCACUUUGCUUAGGAACCUGCUCAAAAUGCCCCCCUUUGAGUCCAGCAAAGUCCUUCUAGUGGGAGUCAGUUGACAUUUUGGUGGCAGCAGAUUCAUGUGUCUUGAGACCAUGGAAAACCAACUUUCAACUUUUCCUAAUCAGAUAAUGCUGUUUGUUAAACAACUUUAGUCAGCUUCUGUGAAGGUUGACACCAAAGUUUCUAUUUAUAUGCUGUAGAUGAGUAAAGGUGAACAGCAAGGCCUUAGGCUUUCCCACACCUUCUUCUAAAACACAACAUGGAUUAAUGCCCAACAUUCUUUGAGGGGAGCAAGGGGUGAUAUUCAGUACUGCACUUAAGAGGCCAACUGAAGCUGUCCAAGACAGAUUUAAUCUGGAGAUUUCUGUUAACACAGGCUGAUCUGUGGACACCUUGUUCUUUUUUAUCACAUCUCCUUAGGAAGUUCUACCUUUUCAUCGCAGGCUAUAUCUUGUUCAGUUUUGCUGGUUAGAAAAGGCCAUUGGCUAGCACCUGUGCUGUGGCAGAUCAGUCUUUUAGCAGGAGCACUAUCCAAGCAAUGUCGUUUUUCUGUUUAGAUUACCUUUGCAGGCUAAUUCUUGGAAGACAUUUGUCAAGCUGCAAUUUUAUUUCUUAGUCAUCUCCCCCUCUGGCAAUCUACAUCCUGUUGAUGUAUGGGACAAAUUGUCACAUCUAUCCAGUGUCACCCUUAUUUUAGGAUAGGUUUUUUAAAUCUUCUGAACUGGUUAUAGGUGACAGUUACUUUUUGUUCCCUUGUUAACACUAAGGAAAUUUUGUUGUUUAGAGCCAGAUGGUUGCCUGAGUGUUCUUGACUCCUUUGGCUGUCAUACUCCUUCAGUGCAUAUUAAUGGUGUUCUGUUAACUUUCAUUGGCAGCCUUUGUAACUGCUUGAAUUGGGCCAGGUAUUGUCUGAUGUCGGAUAAUGCAGCACAAUUCAAAGGAGAGUUGUAGCUCUUCUUCUUGAAGAGUUCUGCCCCUUUCUCUCCAUGGGCAUUUGUGAAACAUUUCAUGAGUAGGACCACAACUGCAGGCAAAAAUAGCACAAGUAGCUGUGUAAGUACCAAAGUGGUAUGCCUGUCUUUUCUCCCCAUUUUUUCCUUCCAGAAUAUAGAACUACCUAUCCACAAGACCCAAACAGGCAAAAUCCUGUCAUCGGCACUGAUAUCAGUUCUUAUGCAGUGUGCAACAAGGAGACCUUUGCCUGCCUCCCUGUCUUUUCUACCAAUCCUUCAGAAUUUGUAUAGAGCUUUAAAGGGAUUGUGGUUUGCUUUCACUGUAGGAAGUUUGCUCAUUGCACAUCAUAUUUUGUUUGCCAGAGCAUGUCAUUGCCUUUCUGAGUACUUCAGGCAUUUGCUACCUCAACAUUUAAUUUAAUCAGUUGGUACAGAAUUGGGCCAGCAGAAUCAAUUAAUCUAGAUUGUGUGCACUCUGAUUUUUGUACCUGCAAGGGAGUCCUUAGGCAUUAUGAACCAGACAAUAAGGGUGUUUGAGGUAUAUAACAAAUGUUGAGAGGGGUCUUUGUGGUCAUUGGCUGUCAUCUUCCCCUAUGCCAGUACUAUUGACUGCGAUUGUAGUCUGUAGGAUCUAUCUUUUUGUGCAGCCAACAUGACGGUCUCUGAGGUGCAACUGCUUUGCUAUGCAAAAUUCAUGCUGUGAAUUCCGGAACAGCACAGUUACUUGUAAAUGGAAACGUGCAUCACCUCAGACAUUGGGCAUCUGUCAGAUUUCCAUCCCCCACCCCCACCCAAACUCUGCACUGAAACUUACCAUUUGGUUCAGCUCCAGGUAGAUGAUGCUGAUGCUGGUCAACUGACAUCAUUAUCCUUCAUCAGACUGGGAAAUUUCCACUGCUAUGAAACAAGAGCAUACCAGGGAUAGAGGUACACUCCUUGGCAAGCAGAGUAUUGUGGUAUUGUGGUGCAUGAUGAGUUGUGAGCUAAAAUCAAGGGGGCUAUGCGUAAGCAGUAUAGUUGAGCAGGGAGGAAGCUGUUGAGCAAGGAACUUGCUCCAGAGCUGGUUGAGAAAAAGCAGGGUUUUUUUCUGUAUAGCGAUCUAAAUGUUCAUGCUGGGAAAUUCUGCACUCCUUUGCAUGAGACCGGAGUCAUGGAGAAUACUGAGGCUGGGAGGCUCAAUGCUUCUACCCUUCCCCCAUAUUUACAUUUCCUGAAAGAUUUAAUUUAUUUUUUCCUUGGCUGCCUUCUUUCUGAGCAAGCAGAUACUGUGUGAUCAAAAAACAAUACUGUGUGAUAUUGGCUUGCAUUUAUCUCUGCCACUUCUAGUGCUUUGACACCUACAGCUGGGGAUUGGGAUGUAAAUGGAGCCUCUGACCAGCAGAAGCUUUUUUUCUGCUUGGCUUGAAAUCUCCUCAGAGGUGGCAGACUCCCUGGAGCUGACUGGCAGCUGCUCUCAGGCCGUUUCCCCGCAAAGGCUGGCUUGCCCACUGGGACUGCAGCUGUGCCAUUAGGCUGCUUGGAUUCUGCAAUCCCUUUGAUGCUGUUUGUAUCACUGCGCUUUUCGGCAGCCCUGCUCCUCUUCUGAGCAGCACCUGUUGUCGAGGAGAGGGCUCGUGGAGACUGCUGUAUACAGGAUAAUGCUGAUAAUGUGAAAGCUGGUGUAAAUAAUAUACAUAUAUAAAUAUAUAUUAUCACAGUUGUUGGAACAAGCAAAAAGUUAUAUUUCCUUUUUUAUGAUUCUUCUGUGCAAAUAUGUGGUUGUGUAGAAGACUUGGGCCCACUAGCACUACACUUCCUGUAGCGUAAAUCUGAGAACCUGAAGACAAAUGUGUAUCAUAUUUAUGGUCUGUUUCCUCUGCCUUGAAGUGCAUUUGUCGAAUUUUGUUAAAUUUCAAUAAAAUUAUUUCUAAGUCCCAGAA